CCCACCGCCCCCCCCGCCCCGGCCACCAUGAACACCAACGUGUGCGUGGAGAGCGGCCCCAACCCCGAGGCGCCGGGGCUGCCCAAGGACAGCCACCUGCCCGAGGGGGCCCUGAACAGCCUUGUGGAUUACAACUCGGAAAUGGAGAGGUACCGCUCCUUCGCCACCUUCUACAAGACCAACGGCGGCGCCUUCCCCCAGGCGGCCAAGAUCGCCCGCAUCACCACCCCCAUCUUCCCCAGCGCGGCCGCCGCCGCCGCCGCCCGCAUCGGCAUGUCCCCCUGGAACUGCGACACCGCCACGGCCGCCGCCGCCACCGCCAUGCUCUGGGGCAGCGGCGGCGGCGGCGGCGCGGCGGGCGGCGCGAGGAAACCCUCCUCCUCCUCCUCCUCCGCCGCCGCCGCCGCCGCCUCCGCGGCCGCCGCCGCCGCCUCCUCGCUGCACGCCGGCAGGGGCGGCAUGCACCACCGGAGCGACUCGCAGCGGCUGGGCAAGCCCGGCUGCCCGCCGGCCGAGCAGCCCGCCCUGCCCAUGGCCAACGGCAACUUCCUCUCCACCCUCGCCCCCGAGCACUGCCGGCCGCUGGCCGGCGAGUGCAUGAACAAGCUCAAGUGCGGUGCCGCCGAAGCCGAGAUCAUGAACCUCCCCGACCGCGUCGGCACCUUCUCGGCCAUCCCGGCGCUGGGCGGCCUCUCCCUUCCCCCCGGGGUCAUCGUCAUGACGGCCCUGCACUCCCCCGCCGCGGCCUCGGCCGCCGUCACAGACAGCGCCUUCCAGAUCGCCAACCUGGCGGACUGCCCGCAGAGCCACGCCUCGGCCUCGCCCGCCUCCGCCCUGGGCGCCGCCGCCGGCGCGGGGGGCGGCGGAGGCGGCGGCGGUGGCGGCGGCGGAGGCGGAGGGGGGGCCGGCGGCACCGGCGGCGGGGCCGGGUCCGGGGCGGGCAACCCCGCCAAGAAGAAGCGGAAACGCUGCGGGGUGUGCGUGCCCUGCAAGCGGCUCAUCAACUGUGGAGUCUGCAGCAGUUGCAGGAACCGCAAAACGGGACACCAGAUCUGCAAAUUUAGGAAAUGUGAAGAGCUUAAGAAAAAACCGGGCACUUCGUUAGAGGUCAGAGGAGAUGAUUUCUUUUUCCCCAGCCUCCCGCCGUCCCUCCUCAACCCCCUGCCCCCGCCCCUCCAGUGCUUCUUGUCUAGCUUCAAGAUGCAGCAUCCCUUCUCCGAGGCCUCCUUCAGGCUCUGA